UCAUUGCGAUAGCCUCGUGAAAAACCUCGAGACCACGUUCAUUCCCUUAUAAAUUUCGAUCAAUAUCGUAGUCUGUUUACAGUUGCUAGUGAGGACAAACGUUGGCCUAUUUUGUCUCGUUUGCCUAAUUUGACUCCUCUUAGUUGACUCUAAUUCUGAUUCUCUGUACCGAACUUCUCAAGGCAGCCGGAGCACAGUACCAAAUAGAUGGAAAACAUCGAUUUCGAAGUCCAAACCCUCCUCCAGAGCACCGGAUACAAACACGACGAUUUAAAACAAGGAACUUUAAGUUUUGAUCAUGAUUUUCGAAUCGUUGAAAAUGUAGGCCUAAAAGCUAUCUGGCCCGACGUCUGGAAGUGGAAGCAACCACCUUCGAUUCGCCGGCGCCAUAGCAGCGCACCCAGCAAAGAUGGAGAAGUUGAUGAAGGGAAGAAGCCAGCAUCCCGUAUCACUAUUGGGAGUACCAACAAUCUCUACUGGAGAGAACCGUGCUGUCGUCGCAGCAGUUCUGAGAGUGAAGAAGCUGAGAUAAUGGUUGUAAAGUGCCCAGCGCUAGGAACUGAGUAUGCUGUCGAAGGUCUGAGGCAGGAUGAAAUGCCAGUUAUUGGUACAUACGUAGACUCGAUGAUCGUUGCUGGCUUCAGCUACAGGGUCCGCCAUCUUGGAUCCGAGUGUUACCAUUUCAACGGGAAUGCCAUCUGCCUUGUAUCUAUUGGCCUAGGCUAUGGGAAGCGUAUAACCUUUGAAGGGUCUACCAAGAACUAUAACCCUAACUUCUUCUGGUCUGAUAGCGUCCCAGAAGGGUAUGGCUUCAGUAUCCAGGCUGUUGCAAAGGGUGACAAGUUUGCUGCUGUGACGGAUGAAGGGCGCCCAGCUGCAGAGAUCAACGUUGAAGACAUUCUACAACAAAAAGAGAUAUCUCAGGAACUAAACAAUGGUGCUAUUCUUAAGACUAUUAAAGUGACACUGGUCUGUGAUAUUGUACAUAUGACCGACCCGCACGGUAUGAUGCCAUUGCGGAGCAACUCUCUGAACACUGUGAUAGAAGCAAAGGCAGUCCUUCAGAAGCUAAAGGGCGCAAGGGAGGCUGUUCUCAAAGAGGUCUGGGCCUCUGAGGUGCCAUUCAUUGGGUGUUGCCUCCUUCAGCCAAUCGAUGAAUAGAUCUGUAUCUGGUCUUUAGACUAGAGAGGUUAAAUCUCAAGACAUCUUCAGCUGAACUCAUCUUUUAAAAACCUCUCUGUUGUUAUUAAUCUUCCUGAAAAUAUAGAUGUGCUUCACUUUCUCUCUGCUAUUUGUUGUUUGCAUUUAGAUUAUUGAUACAUUGUAUGUUAAUGCAAUUAUUAUGAACAAUUACAAGGAUUUAAAUUAGGCGAAAAGGCAAGAACCAUGUAAAAGGAGUAAUUUAAAGCAAUCUGAUUUUAUGUUCUGAAAUAUUUCAAUUUAUGAAAAGAACUACUGGUACCAAGUUUGUACACAAUACUUGUCAAAAAGCGGUUCACUUUUUUUGAGACACCCAAUAUAUGGUAACUAGGAGAAGUACCUUUGUGACAGGUUUCUUUUGGCUGAGUAGUGUAACAUUACUUUAUUGAAAUGUUAUGGGUUAGUCUUCUUUAAUAGUUGUUAUUAAUUUUUGUUAAUAACAUGCAUUUUUUGAAACACAUCAGGAUGACAAUUUGAUAUCAAAAACAAUGUAAUCAUUUUCUUUUCUUCCAACAACUGUACCAUAUUAGCAGUUUAUCUUCUUCUAACAUGGUUUUAAAGUUGAUGUUAGAUUUUUUUAUGAAUGAAAUGUUUGACUUCUUAUGUAUUUAUCUGUUAAGGUAUCUGGACAAUCUUAUCAGCUGGAACAACAUUGUAAAAAAAGUGCACUUGACCACAUCUUAGCAAUAUUUGCUGAAACACCUUUUUUAACAACACACUUUGUGUGAGCAGUCUUUACAGUUGUUGUCUAAAAUGAGAGAAGCCUUCAAACCUUCAAUCAGAAAACCAAAGUGACAAAUCACUUGACUCAUUUUACCCUUUUUGUUUCUUGAUAACUUUUUUAUAUGCUCUGUACACGUGUUUAAAAUAUACGUACAUGUACAUGUACAGUCAAUAAAAUAUUA